UCAAGAGUGAGGGACAUAUCAGCCACUCCCUCUCAGCCAUGGAAUCACUCCGCUUACUCCUCCUCCUUUUGGGACUAGCGGCGUUUACGCCGAUGUCGGUGUCCAAGGAAGGGAUAGACACCGUAAGCACCAACACCACCGCCACCCCUGCUGCAGCUGAGACCUCCGCUGCCCCUACUACAGCUGAGACCUCCGCCGCCCCUACUACAGCUGAGACCUCCGCCAAGCCGCUAGCCUGCCCGACCAACUUCCUCCCAGUGGGAGACCGCUGCGUGCUGGUCAACCCCUUCACGGACGGCUCGUGGGUCGAGGCCGGAUUCUACUGCAACACCUUCGGUUCGAACUUCCUGCAGAUCGAGACGUGGCAGUUCUAUCUCGCCCUACUCAACUUUUUGCGGUCUGAAGGCCUGGACCAGAGCAGUUACUGGCUGGGAGCGCGGGACGAGGACGACGAAGGGACGUGGCGAUGGGAGUUGAGCGGCGAGGAGCUGCCCAUGGGAAGUCCUUGGUGGGCGCUCGACUUUUACUACGGCACCACAUACAACAUAGAGCCGAUGGGGUUAAAUGCUACAAACUGCCUUCGCCUGGACCACAAACGCUACCUGUACCUCGACGACGAUGACUGUGAGAACAACAACGCCAUCUUGUGUCAGGUGAUACCCUAGCGACGAGCAACGACCACCGCUACGACGACCAAGACGACGACUAAGACGACACCACGACCUCAACGCCACUAAGAGUUACAGAGACGAAUAGAAAAAUAAAUCAGCACCACACAACAAACUUACGCCUGUACUAACAGUGAAAGAAGAGACAUGGGCGAAGAAACAAAUAAAAGUAAACAAAUACGAAAACAAAAA